UUGAAGUGUGGAGAUUUACUGGAUUAAAUUAGACACCUUCGCUAAACAUGUCAAAGGGAAUUAACGACUCGGCACGCCUCUGUUUGUAAGUGAAGGAAAAUAAAAUCAGAUUUAUGGGUCCAAGUUGAGAACAAAGGCGUUCAUUUAAAUCUCUUUCCCCCCAUGUGCAGUAAAGCACUCGCAUGAUUAUUAUAGUGUGUAGGAAGUUAAAGAAGUGACAAACAGCACUCCAUUAUCACGACAUGUAGCGAAUCCUGUUGAAAAUGAAUCUGUUUAAUAAUCCUGGACGCGCUCCGGGGAGAGGGAGUCAGCGGUGAUGUAGGGGCCAUCUCCGUCCCCUGGCCCCCGCUAAAUGGCUUUCAAAUCGGUUAAGCCUUCAAAGCUACUGGCCUCCGGUCUCCCAUUAGCACUUAAAGGGGCUCUGAAGUGCAUUUACAAACUUUUAUCGUAAUCCCCUUGCGUCUGGAGACUCGGGCACAGAGACACGGUCCGUGAUAUAAAACAGGAGUCGCGGAGUGAGAAACUGGACCGGAGGCCAGCGAGAGCGCACAGAAGAGCGAACGAACAGCAACGCAAUCAAACACGUUUCAUUGCACCCAUGGAGAGCAGGGUGCUGCUGACGGCCCUGGCCCUGGUAGUAGCUUGGGUCGACCCGGGCCAGUCCCUGGAGGAGGGCUUGGAGCCCCCGGAAACCUUCCAGAUAGACCAGCAGCAGCAGAACUUCGCCCAACGGCUGCUGGAAGCCUUGGAGAGUGAGGGGCGUUCCUCCCGGGGGGAUGAGCGGGUGAUGACUGCUGUGCUGCGCUCCCUGAUUCACGGACCCCAGCGCUCUGGCAGGAGCCCUUCAGUCCUCUACCAGCCUCAGAGGUUUGGCCGGGAUGCCAGGGGAGCUGUGGGCAGCGAGGAGCGGGUAGAGUCUCUCGGCAGGGAGGCCAUGCCGGCACAGUUCUGGAGCAUGGCGGUGCCACAGAGAUUUGGCAAGAAGUAAACUAAAGCAGCCGCCGUCCAGGAUACUUGUCAAAACAGACAAGUACAAAUUUCCAUCCCAAUACCCAGCUCAACGCACUGUACCCAAUAAAACUGCUCGGCUGC